GAGGGUUUGACCAAGGUAGUACAUCGUAUAUACACAAAAAUGGAAGGUAACAAGGACGAAGCAUUAAAAUGUAUACAUUUAGCUGAAAAAUUCCUGCAUUCUGGUCACAAAGAAAAGGCUAUAAAGUUUUUAAACAAAUCAAUCAAGCUAUACUCUACUGAGAAGGCUAGAAAUUUGCUAAAUACAAUAUCUCAAGACACAACUUCAAAUGGCGAUGCUCCUGGUGUUCGGAAGCGUAGAAAUAGUGAAAAACAAACAAAGCAGAAGGAAGAUGAGGAAGAACAAGAAAAAAAAUACACACCUGAACAGGUACAAGCUGUUAAAAGAAUAAAAAAGUGCAAAGAUUAUUAUGACGUGCUUGGCGUUGGACAGGACUUCUCGGAAAACGAAUUAAAAAAAGCGUACAGAAAACUAGCAUUACAAUUUCAUCCAGACAAAAACAAGGCUCCUGGUGCUACUGAAGCUUUUAAACGAAUAAGCAAUUCUUUCGCUGUGUUGAGUGACUCUGAGAAAAGGCGUCAAUAUGAUAGGUAUGGUGAAGGAUUGCAACCAAGUCAAGCAAGACGACAAAGAUAUUAUCACGAAGAUGACUUUGAAGGGGACGUUUCGCCUGAAGAUUUAUUUAAUAUGUUUUUCGGCGGUGGAUAUCCCUCAGGGCGUGUUUAUGUGCAUCGUCCAAGACAACAUCAUCACAACCAACAACAGAACGUUUCAUCGAUGUACCCUCUCAUACAAAUACUUCCAUUAUUAUUAAUCGUUUUGUUUUCAUUAAUUAGUAGUUUUCUCAUACCGGAACCUGUUUAUAGUUUCCAAAAAACUUCACAAUAUCGGUAUCCCAUGGCAACUCCUACUUAUGGUAUAACGUUCUAUGUCAAGGAUGCAUCAAUACGAGAUCAAUAUACUUCACAGCAAUUUUCACAAUUACAACGUAGAAUUGAACGUGAAUUUUUGGAAAAUCUACAAGUUCGGUGUUUUAGGGAAAAACAAUACAGAGCAGAAUUAUACCACCAAGCCCGACUUUGGGCUAGCGAAGAGAUGCAAAGUAGGGCGCAAAAUUUUGUCAUGGAAUCUUGCAACCAACUUGAUGGCUUGCGAGGACAAUGAUAAAAAUAUGUAAUUUACCGAACACCGAACAAGCAAAUUGAGUAAUUUACAAAAUGCCAAUUAAGCAACAGCGACAUUGGAUUUCAAACGAUGCGUUCUGGCUUUUAUGAUUCUAUUUUUUAUCCAGUGAUCAACAAGCGCUACACUACGAAAGUACAACGAAUGUUCACGAGAUGUGUACUCAAUGUUUCGUGUACGGCUCAAACAACGGAAAAAAGCAUUGAAUCGGACAUAUUUUAAAGUUAACUGACUAAAAAUGACGUCAUCUCUUCUAUUUUGUUUCAUUUUUAAUUAUCUCACUUGACGGGAUUUGAAUAGCCACGCAAACAGAGCGUCAUUUUUACGUCAUUUAUACUGCGCUGGUAAAGCGUUGUAAUUUUAUUGAAAAUUUUCGACGGUGUGUGCCGGCGAUAAAAUUUUAUUUUUUUAUAUUUUUUUUUCUUAAAAAUAAGGCUUCGUUAUAACGUGAAAUUUUGUUCAAUAUCUUUACACAUUCCGAACUAUCUUUUUCUUUGACACAUUAUUUGAUAGUAGUUGCGACAACAGUACAAAGGUACAGUCUGUAUUGGAGCUUACUUUAUACUCACUAUAAAUAGAACAUCAAUUUUGCUGACCUAGGGAUGUUUUUUUAUAAAAAUGGAACAUUGAAUAUUUUAAGAAUUGGCACGCGUCCCUUUAAAAUUCCCCAAUUUUAUUUUACAAAACCAUACGGUUUGCUGCAUGUUUUUAUUUCCAAAAUGCAUAGAAGUGUCAUAGAAUCUACAUUUAGAUAAGUUGUAGACAUUAGAUGAUGUAUAUAAAUAUAAAAUUUUGUAGUUGUAACUUAUACAAAUUUCAACCCAGAAGUGUGCCAGAAUCGAAAUAUGAGAAGUUUUUUUAAUUACAUAAUUUUUUUAAUGCAAUUUUUUUGCGCUUUUUUGGUAACGAAUUUAAAAAUACGUAUACCCUAAAAUACUUGAUUAAA